AUGCUUAAGCAUGUCCGGGUCACAGAAACUAAGUUUCUUGUGAAGGAUUUACGCGAGGAAUCGAUGAAGGGUGGAGAGCAUGUAAUGGUGGAAAUGAAUGAGAAAUUUGGGGACUUGGCAACGAACAUAAUGAUAGCUAGGGAUAAGGAGUCUAGGAAGGUUCAAAAGGCUUUGGCAGAUUUCUUCUAUCUGUUGAGGUUAUUCUUGGUUUCAGAUGCUGUUCCAUUUCUUGGUUGGUUGGAUUUGGUUAAGGAAUAUGUAGGUAAAAUGAAGAGGGCAGAAAGGGAGGAUAGAUGGGUGUGUUUGGAAGCUGGGUGA